CGCUGAGGGGCCCGAGCGGGACCGGGCCGGGAACCGGGAACCGGGAUCGGGAUCGGGAUCGGGAAUUGGGACCGGGACCGGAAUCGGGCCCGGCAGCCGGAGCCGGCCGCGGGAGCGCGCCCCGCGCCCGCCGCAGCCAUGGGGGACAUGAAGACCCCGGACUUCGACGACCUCUUGGCCGCCUUCGACAUCCCCGACAUCGACGCCAACGAGGCCAUCCACGCGCACCACGAGGAGCCCGAGGCGCACGCCAAGCCGCUGCCGGGCGAGCCGGGCGCGGCGGCGCCGGCACCGGAGCACGCGCUGCCGCACGCCGACAUCUCGGCCGUCAGCGUCAUCGUCAAGAACACCGUGUGCCCCGAGCAGCCCGAGGGCGCCGAGCCGCGCGGCAAGGACGGGCACGGCGCCGCGCCGCGCCUGCUGCACAACGGCUUCGGCGCCCCCGACGCGCCCCGCUCGCCCGGUGCCGCCGACGCCGCUUCCAACGGCGACUGCUGGGCCAAGGAGAAGAAUCCCAAGGCGCUGGAGCUGUUCUCCCAUUUCAGCCCCGAUCCCGGCGAGGACGGCGCCGAUCUCAUCGACGACAAAGCCAAGGAGAAGUCGCCGGCCGGCCCGGCCCUGGACUGCAAGGAGCCCCUGGGGCAGGGCGCGGAGAGCCCGGGGCUGCGGCACGCCGAGCCGGCGUUCCCGGCGCCCUUCCGGGCGGGAGCGGCCGGCGACGGCGCGCACGGCGCGGCCCGCGUCAAGGAGGAGGAGGCGGACGCGGAGGAGGCUCCGGCCAGGGGCUGCGGCCCCAAGGGGCUGCUGCUGGAUCACCUCAAGUCCGUCACCGUCCGCUUCUCGGCCGAGGGAUCUCCCUGGCCGGCGGCCGAGCCGGCGCUGCCGGACGGCGGCACCGGCGCCGCGGCCGAGCUCAAGCGCUCGCCCGGGAGCCCUCGGGAGCCCUUCUCCUCCCCGGGAAUUGCCAUCCCGCCCUCCCCCAGGCAGCUGUCCCUGAAGGAAGAGCGGGAGAUGCUGGGCAAAUCCCUGGGGAGCCCUCCGAGCGUUUCCAGCGGCGAGGAGGACGAGGAGGAGGAGGAGAACGCCAACUCGCCGUCCUCCAGCUCCUCGCGGCCGCUCAAGGUGCGCAUCAAAACCAUCAAAACCUCCUGCGGCAGCAUCACCCGGACGGUCACCAGGGUGUCCUCGGACUCGGAGCCGCCCUCCGCCAGAGCCCCCGGCGAGCAGAAUUCCCAGGAGCCCUCGGAAUGCCCGGCCGGCGGCGCGGCGGAGGCGGCCCGGGAGCGCUCGGAGCUCUGCGGGCCCCCGAAGGGCGCGGAGGGGCCCAAGAUCGUCAGCGUGCAGCUGGGCAACGGCGCCAGGCUGAAGGGCACCGUGCUGCCCGUGGCCACCAUCCAGAGCGCCAGCAGCGCCAUGCUGAUCGCCGCCAGCGUGGCCCAGCAGAAAUCCGUGGUCCUGCCGGGAAAAUCCGGGAAAUCCGUGGCUAAAAACAUCCUCAGCCUGGUGCCGCAGCCGCUCCCCAAGGGGGACGGCGGCGCCAAGGCCGGCGGCGGCGCGGCGGCGCCCAAAGCGGCGCCCGGCGUGGCCGGCACCGUCAUCUCCCGCAGCCAGUCCAGCCUGGUGGAGGCCUUCAACAAGAUCCUCAACAGCAAGAACCUGCUGCCCACCUACAAGCCCAACCUGAGCCCGCCGGCCGAGUCCAGCCUGGCGCUGCCGCCCGCCGGCUACCGCUGCCUGGAGUGCGGCGACGCCUUCGCGCUGGAGAAGAGCCUGGCGCGGCACUACGACCGGCGCAGCAUGCGCAUCGAGGUCACCUGCAACCACUGCACCAAGCGCCUGGUGUUCUUCAACAAGUGCAGCCUGCUGCUGCACGCCCGCGAGCACAAGGACAAGGGGCUGGUGAUGCAGUGCUCGCACCUGGUGAUGCGGCCCGUGGCGCUGGAGCAGAUGAUCGGCCAGCCCGACGUCGCCCCGCUGGCCUCGCUGGCCCUGCCGCCCGCCAAGGCGGCGCAGGACGGCGGCGGCGCGGCGCAGGAGCCGCCGGUGCUGCCGCUGGGCGCCGAGCAGAGCAGCUACAGCUGCUUCAGGUGCCUCGAGUGCAAGGAGCAGUGCAAGGACAAGGCCGGGCUGGCGGCGCAUUUCCAGCAGGUCGCCGUGGCCACCGGCAGCAGCAGCACGGUGUGCUCGGCGUGCCCCAUGAUGCUGCCCAACCGCUGCAGCUUCGGCGCGCACCAGCGCAUGCACCGCAGCCGCCCGCCGCACGUCUGCCCCGAGUGCGGCGGCAACUUCCUGCUGGCCAACUUCCAGAGCCACCUCCGGGACUCCUGCCUGCACUUCUCCCGCAGGGUGGGCUACAGGUGCCCCAGCUGCUCGGUGGUGUUCGGCGGCGUCGGCUCCAUCAAGGCGCACAUCCAGGGCUCGCACUGCGAGGUGUUCCACAAGUGCCCCGUGUGCCCCAUGGCAUUCAAAUCCGCGCCCGGCGCCCACGCCCACGGCCACGCGCAGCACCCCGGCCUCGGCAGCCAGCCCGCCAAGAUGAUCUACAAGUGCGCCAUGUGCGACACGGUGUUCACGCACAAGCCGCUGCUGUCGUCGCAUUUCGACCAGCACCUGCUGCCGCAGCGCGUCAGCGUCUUCCGCUGCCCGCAGUGCCCGCUGCUCUUCGCCCAGAAGCGCACCAUGCUCGAGCACCUCAAGAACACCCACCAGCCGCAGCAAUGCAAGGAGGACUCUUGCGCGAAAUGGCCGGCGCUGCUGGCGCCCAAGGCGGAGCCGCUGGAGGCUCCGGUGUCCCGGAACUCGGAGGAGUCCUCGAGCUCCACGGAGGAGGAGGAGGAGGAGGAGGAGGAGGCGCCGAGCUCGCCGGAGCUGCGCCGGGCCAAGCGCAGCCGCUUCCCGCGCGAGGCCGGCGCCGCGGCGCGGGCCGGCGGCUGGAGCUGCGGCGCGUGCCGCGCGCGCUUCGCCGAGCGCGACGAGUACGUGGCGCACAUGAAGAGGGAGCACGGCAAGUCGGUGAAGAAGUUCCCGUGCCACCUGUGCGAGCGCUCCUUCUGCUCGGCGCCCAGCCUGCGCCGCCACGUCCGCGUCAACCACGAGGGCAUCAAGCGCGUCUACCCCUGCCGGUACUGCACGGAGGGGAAGAGAACCUUCAGCAGCCGCCUGAUCCUGGAGAAGCACAUCCAGGUGCGCCACGGCAUCCAGGGCACCGACCCCGCCCGCAGCCAGGAGGUCCUCAUCGCCCGCGGCCCGCCCGGGCCCGCCCAGGCGCCGGGCCGCCGGCCGAGGCCGUCGUCGGAGGAGUCGUGCGGCGAGGAGCCGGACAGCACCACGCCGCCGGCCCGGGGCCCGCGGGGCCGCGCCGCGCGCCGCCGCCGCUGCGGCUUCCAGCCGCAAUUCCAGCCGCAAUUCCAGCCGCAAUUCCAGCCGCAAUUCCAGGCGCGCGUCCCGCAGCAGCGCGCCGCCGGCGCGCCGCAGUGCCGCGAGUGCGGCCUCUGCUUCGCCUCGCCCGCCGCGCUCGGCCGCCACCGCUUCAUCUCCCACAAGAAGAAGAAGGGCGCCGAGCCCGAGGAUUCCUCCGGGAGCGCUUCCCGAGGCGGCGACGGGAGCGCCGGGAGCGCCGGGAACGCCGGGAACGCCGGGAACACCGGGAACACCGGGAACGCCGAGGGGAAGCUGGAGUGCAAAGUCUGCGGGAGGACCUUCGACACCCAGCUCACCCUCAAGACGCAUUUCCGGACCCACGGGAUGGCGUUCAUCCGAGCCCGGCAGGGAGCCGAGGACAACUGAGCCCUGCCGGCAUUCCCGGGAAUCCCGGGAGCCAGCCGGCACAGCGGAGCGUUCCCGGGGAUCUCAGCAUUCCCGGAAUUCCAGGAUGAGACCCGAGGAGAACUCUGGGAUCAGCCCCGGCACGGCGGAGCAUUCCCGGGGAUCUCUGCAUUCCCGGAAUUCCAGGAUGAGACCCGAGGAGAACUCCAGGAUCCACCCGGCACAGCGGAGCGUUCCCGGGGAUCUCAGCAUUCCCGGAAUUCCAGGAUGAGACCCGAGGAGAACUCAGCCUUCCCGGGAACAUCAGAAUUCCCAGAAAUCCAGGAUCAGCCCCGGCACAGCGGAGCAUUCCCGGGGAUCUCAGAAUUCCUGGAAUUCCAGGAUGAGACCCGAGGAGAACUCUGGGAUCAGCCCCGGCACAGCGGAGCGUUCCCGGGGAUCUCUGCAUUCCCGGAAUUCCAGGAUGAGAAGCAAGGAGAACUGAGCCUUCCUGGGAAUCUCAGAAUUCCCGGAAUCCCGGGAUCAGCUCCGAGGCCGGGAAUCGGCACCGUGUACAUAAAACACCCCCAGAGCCCUUCCCGGUGUCCGAGGGAAAGUUGGGAAUGGGACUGGGAUUGGGAUGAUCCCAAAUCCCACUGGAAAUCCCCUGGGAAUGUUGGAUUUUGGGGGAAUUUGGGUUUUCCCAGAAAUUCCCGGAUGCGGAUGGGGCAGGGGAAGCUUUUCCAGCAAAAUCCACCUUUUUUUGUUAUUAUUUUUUGGGUUUUGUUUGUUUUUCCUGGACUUUUUCCCCUUUGGGAACGUUCCCGGUGUGUUUUGGUGGGAAGGAGGCGAUUCCAGAGCCCUGGAAUUCCCGAGAUCCCGGGAAGGACACUGGGACACGCGGAGCAGGAGGAGGAAAAAGGCUGGAAAAAAGCAGAGAAAAGAAGGAAAAGAGGAGAUUUUUUCCUUUGGCAAAGGAAUAACGACCCAAAAAAAAACCAGGAUUGGGAAGGGAUCCCUCAGAUCCCAGCCAGGACCCUUUUCUGAAGGAAAAGUGGGAAAAUGCUCCCAGAUUCCAGGCUGAGGGUGAGGUCUGGGGACUUUUCCAGCUUUUUCCGGCUCCUCCUUCCCCUCAGCUUCCGGGACAUUUCCCACUUCCAAUCCCCCAAAAAAAUCCUCUGGAAAAGCCCCUCCGGCCCCGCUGUUCCCAGAAUUCCUGGAAGAAUUCCCGGGAUUCCCUGUGGACAACCUGCCCUUUCCCUGUAAAGCUGUAUUGUACACUAAACUCCACGAGUCCCACCAACUGCUGUGCUCAUUCUGGGAUGUGGUUUGCUUUUCCAAGGGUUUUUUCCCGGUUUUUUGCGUUUUUCGGGAUGGCAGAAGUUGCUUUGGGGUUGAUUUUUUUUUUUUUCCCCUGGGUUUUUAUUCCCGGUUUUUCUGACUUUUUCCAAGCAGGAAUGAGGGGUUCCCCCUUUUCCCUGCAGGUGGAUGGAUGGAAAAAACUGGGAAAAAUCAGGUGGAAUCGGCCAUUCCCAAAAAUCUUCCGGGCCGGGUGUAAAUAUAGAGAAGGAAUUAAAAUUUCUACGAGAUUUAGAAGGAAAAAAAAUUCCCCCCCCCAAAAAAAAAAAAAAAAAAAACUAUGGAAAAAUGGCUUUGGACCCACGGUUUUCCAGCAUUUCAGUGCCUUGAGCUGGAUUGGGGUGGAGGGAGGGAGGGGCCGGAAUUUCGGGAAUGUCUGCCGGGAUUUUGGGAAUGUGCUGAUGGAAAGCCGCGGGCUCGAGAGGCUCUCAGGAAUUCUUUAUUCUGUAGGAAUCGACUCCAUUAAACUCCAGUGGUUUCACCCUC